UGAUUUUGUAAAUGAUACUUAUCUCUUAUCAAAAUGUUACAAGAGAUCAAUGACAAGAAGAUAAUAAUGAUUUGGUAAAAUAUGAAAAGAAAACCGGCAUUAUAAGUAAUCUUAUGUUCCUUUUAAUCCACUUAAAUUUAAACACUAGCAAUCGCCGGCUAUCACUGCUUAUAGCCAGAAGCGAUAGUCUCAUGUCCUAAUGAUCUUUGAACUCGAUUAAUCAGGACAUUUACCCACGUAGGAGCAUACCUAGAUCAAGUUUAAACACAAAAAAAAACAUCAAAUAAGAAAAGGAAAAGAUACCUAUGGACACCAUUCAUAGCCAAAGUCAAGGCUACACUUUAUAAUUAGAGCAUACCAGAAAAAAUCCGCGCAAAAAGGCGUUUAAGAUAAAUCCUUUCGUACUGCUCACACCUGAGUUCCUAAUCGGGCUGACUUGCUCAAGAUCAGAAACAAAGCAAUCGGUUACUCAUAAACAAGAAGACUUUUUGCAUUUAUUAAACCAUAUCAGUUAUUCGUAUUUACCGUGUGUUAUGUUCAUUUUGAGUCGCGGCUCCGUGCGGGUUGUGUGUUGUGCGUCGCGGCGGUGCACGAAAGUGGAAUACUAAAUAAUCUAAAUAUACUGCCGAAUAACGGUUACCAGUGGGUACUUGUAAGUUUCAUGUGGCGUGAAGAUGAGGCUGGCUUCAUGUUUACUUGUCGCAGCAAUCGUUAUGGGGGAAACAAAGGACCUUAAAUUGGAAACAUGGAUGAGAGAUCUGCCAGAGCAGCUAAAGGAUAUGCCCUUUAUAUACCUUGCGAUACCAGGCAGUCAUGACUCCAUGACAUAUGGCAUCACUCGGUCGAGGGUUAGCCCCGAUGCUGAACCCAUCCUCCACAGACUGUACCCUCUGUUCCGAGGUACGAUCUUACGCUGGACCAUUACGCAGAGCCUAGAUACCUGGCAGCAACUUCUCAUUGGCAUUAGAUACCUUGACUUGAGGCUCGCCACCAAGCCUGGCACUAAAGAAUUUUUCUUCACUCAUGGCCUGUAUGCUGAGGAGAUUUCCAGUGCUUUGAAACAAGUCAAGGACUUCGUUGACACACACCCCGAGGAGGUAAUUAUUCUCGACCUGCAGCAUUUCUACGGCUUCACUCCGACGGAUCACCAGCGGCUGAUGAGACUCCUGCUCAACUUUUACGGGCCCAAACUGGUCCCCAGACAUCUGGACCUGCGCAGUGUCACUCUUAACUCUCUUAACAGAUUGAACCAGCAACAUUUCUACGGGUUUACUCCGACGGAUCACCAGCGUCUGAUGAGACUCCUGCUUAACUUGUACGGGCCCAAACUGGUCCCCAGACAUCUGGACCUGCGCAGUGUCACUCUUAACUCUCUUAACAGAUUGAACCAGCAAGUUAUAGUGGUAUACCGCAACGAGUCAGUCUACACAACGAGCGAAUUCUGGCAACCACAGAUGCUGCCAUCGCCAUGGCCGCAACAAGACAAAGCGUCCAACCUUGUACGGUUCUUAGAGAAUAUCCGGCGACACCCUGGCACCGGCUUCGUGCACCAGGCUGUACUUACGCCAACACCGAGCUUCAUCGUGCUCAGGUGGACGUCAAAUCUCCGCACAAAAUGCGCCGCGCCCGUCGUCAAAGAGGUGCUCCCGCUCCUCGCCGAGCUCGCGCCCGGGCCGCCCGGGCGCGCGGGGCGCGCGCCGCUCAACGUCGUCAUCGCGGACUUCGUCGACAUGGCCGGCGCCGUCUUCCCCCGCACCAUCAUCAAUCUCAACGACAAGCUGCUGCAGAAUAGGGACGUAGUCUACCAUAGCUACGGGUGAGAUCUCAAAUGUACCUGAUAGAUUUAAGGAUGUUGUGUGACAGUCUUCUGUGAUAUUUCAUAAGAAACUCGGUAAUAAAUAAGCAUAAUAGUUACUUAUAGGGAUUUGUAGUAUGUUGAAACUACUCAAAUUGUACAUACUUUUUACUUUAGCAAAAAUAACCUUCUGCAUUUUAUUCUUUUGGGAAAAGAGCAAACUGACACAGCAAAUGUUCGGUCAUUUUAAGCUUUUCGGAAUAUAUGUCGCGUGAGGGACUAAAAAGUGAUUUAAACUGUAAUUAGCUUAAUUGAAUGUGUUUAAUAUACUAUAAAUGCUAAGAUUAUUUUUAAGUAAGUCGAAUGAGACAUUUAGUUCAAGUACAACUGUAAUAGAACAUAGUACAUAUCGAGAUUAUAAAUAACGCUGCCUUUAAAUUUUAAUACAUUUAUUUUUGAAAUAAAAUAUUUAUUUCGUACUUAUAAUUUGUUCACAUUCAAAAGACCUACGACGCAGACUUUUCGAACAAUCCGUUAAAAAACUCAUCAUACUUGAUUCUUUCACACAAAUCUUGAAACGACCAUUUUCUCUUUAUGGCAUUAUCGUAGUUAUCGUCGGUGAGCGGUGAAAACAACUGGUCCGAUAAUUCAUCGGAUAUUUCAA